GAGGAGGCGCAGCAGCAGCAGCUCGUCUGGGUGGAGUGAAGUUUAGAUAUGUUACUACAACAAAUUAGCCAGGAGGACUAGUGCACUAUGGCUGAGUGAGAAAAAAUAGCCUCCAAAAGAGAAUUAAAAGCGUCUUUUAACCAGAAAGUCCUCCAGGUCGCUGCAGAGACGUUAUAUAUAUAUAAACACAGAGCUGAGAGAUGAGUGAUGUAAGUGAAGAGUCGCUGCUGGAUUAUUUCUACUGCACCGGAGGAGGCAGCUCAGGCAGAGUCAGAAAUGCAGAUAUACUGAGGACAUUUAAGCCCUUUAUUGGCCACAGUGACUUGCAGUUACGUGCUAAAUACAGAGAGGAAUUCAAGCUCAUCAUUGACCGAAUCGCUGUGGUGAAGUCAGAGAAUGGUGAGAAGUAUCUUGUCCUAAAGAAGAAAUACAGGCAAAUGCUGCAUGAUCGAGACACCAAACAUCACGGGACAGACGGGGAUGGACAGAGACGGUCAAGCCCGGCCAGAGCUCCGGCCACGGUACAGUGGGACGCGACGGACGCCUCGACUUCUUCUCCUCACCGGAAGGAACAACAGGAUGAGCCGAUGUCAUGUGGAGAGCCCGACGGUGCUGCAGAGGACCAGCAGACAGGAACAGCCAUCACGCAGCACGCUCUGCUGCAACUUCCUGUUAUCCAAACCCAGGAACCCUCGGCACAAAGCAACGGGGACGAUGAGCUGGACAAAGAUUCGGGGUCAAAGUCCGAGUCGGAGCAAGACGAGGAGAGUACGGGCAGCAUGGGCUCCGCUGCUGUCGCUCUGGAUCCUAUAGAAAAGGAGUGGAUCUACUCCGCUGCAGGUGCCCGAGUCCCAGACCUCUCUCAGCUGCUCAGACAGGACCCCUCGCUGGCAAACAAGAAGGACUUCACCUCAGGGUUUACAGCUCUGCACUGGGCCGCUAAACAUGGCAACAAGGACAUGGCCACUCUGGUGGCUAAUGCAGGUGCUGAUGUCAACACCAAAUCACAUGGGGGAUAUACGCCUUUACACAUCGCAGCGUUACAUGGUCAUCAGCACAUUCUAGACCUGCUCAUAGCGACAUACGGGGCCAAAGAAAACUUAAGGGACUACAGCGGCCGUCUUGCCUUCCAUUAUCUGAACAUCAAAGAACCAGAGGGUCCAGAGGAAGACAGCGAGCUGCAGUUUCAAGUCACUCAGGCCAGAGAACGGAACCGGAACAGGAAGUUGGCAUCGUUGUUUCACCCCAAAAAGAAGUGGGGCUCAGCAGAGGAUCUGGCUCCGAUAGAGGAGGAGAGGACGGCGUCAAAUCAGCUCGCCCCUCCUGCAUUCAGACCCAGGAAAUUCUCCCGUUGAGAAAAACAGACACCAGGGACGAUUUCUGACUCUGCUAGCCCUCCUACACAUCCACUUAGCCCUUACAUGCAAUUCACUUGAUGUAAACCUGUAUAUACAAUGGAAGUGUUAAUAUGUGUAUAUUUGUUAUGUACACAUACCGACACUUAAACCAUUCAUAACUAGCCUUACAGACACGAUCACACCUAACAGCUCACCCCAGUACUUCACACAGAUGCUUUAACUUUGAAAAGGAGGUGAUGCAGAUGAAGCUAUACUUAUAUAUGUAUUAUUAAUAUUUAUGCUUACCAUAAAAGUAUUUCUUGAAGCCUUUGAAUUUCAAUGAAUGUUGCUAAAUGUUACGUAUGCCUUACAAUUUCAAGUGAGCUCAGGCCACAUGGAUUCUUUAAGCUCGUCAUCACCUUUGUUUGCGUUAAAGACGACAAGUGGACUGUAAAAGCGUCCAGAAGAUCCAGAUUCACCUUCCCACUCAGUGACAGGUUAAAGGAUAAGGCUAAAUAUAGGGCAGCAACUACCAAUUAUUUUCAUUGUCGACUAAUCUGUUGAUUAUUUUAUCGAUUAAUUGAUUAGUUGUUUGGUCUAUAAAAUCAGAGAAUCAGAGAAUUUGGACUGAAAAAAAAUUACUCAGACCAAUUAAUCGAUUAUCAAAAAAAGUUGGCAAUUAAUCGAUUAUUGUUACAGCUCUAGCUAAAUAUAUUCCAUAUUAAAAUAACUAUACUUAUCCUUUAAAAAGGAGUGCACCGAUGGCUUGUACAUUUUGGCUUAUUAAAAAUAAUUUGUUCUUAACGCUAUGCUGAAGCUUACAAAAGUCCAGUAUUGGUACAACUCGGUUCACCAUUAAUAACUAAAAAAGAUAAAACAUUGAAUUUUAGAUGGUGUACCCUAACCUUUGCAUUUAACCUUAAUAUAUUAAUGGAAUAAUCUCUUUCAUUACUUAUUCCAUUUGAUCCUUUAAUACAGUUAAUCUGCAAGGGAAAUAAAAAAAAAAACUUUGGUAAGGAAGAAUUACAAGACCAUCCCCUGCGCUCCCAAAAAAUGUCAUGUGAACCUUCCACCAGCAAUAAGAAAAAAAUACAUAACCCUCCCCCUUUUCUGACCCACCCCUAGUAGCUUGGGAAUGCCCAAAGUUAUAUUUCUCCGAUAUAAGCUAAAGUCCAUGAAUGCACCGGCAACGAACCCAGCUCGAAUAUUUAUGAGACAAUAACAUAACUUUGUCAGAUAAAUUGAUAAAUCAACAAAUAAUAGACCAGUCGAUCAAUCAAAUGUUACAUGUUGCGAUUCAUUUGCCAUUUCACGCUAGAUUCAGUUUCAAGCUAAUUUUCAAACUGAAGACAGUGGCUUCUAGGAAUGAAGCAAAUUAGUCUAAAAAGUUACACUAUGCUGCAAAACGUUUGGCAGUUGUGUAAAGUGUUUGCAAUUUUUAGUUGAUGGACUUAACGUACAUAUCCAUCAGUGUGUUACUUUAAAUCUGAGCCAAUGAGACAUUCUAGUGUACCAGAAGGAGAAUUUGUAUAUUUUUCAUUACUAAUGCUAACGCUAAUACCAUUCACAGUUUGGAUUCAAUGCCAGUUAGAGGGACUCUACGUCGGUUACAUCCCUGCUGGUUGGUAUCAGGCUAUAAUGGCUGUUUUUCUGACACUUUGUCUCUUCUUGCCAUUUGUUGCCACGAUUCAAGACGAGACACAGAUAAUCUGACUGAUUAUCUGAUAAAUGUGUGUCAAAGUGGUGAUUUAUCAGAUUGUUCUUUAAUUUGUCCACCUCUUGUGUUUUAAAGUGCUACGUUAACUUUUGCAAAAGAAAUUUGCACUAUUACAUUGUGAAUCUGAAUUGUUCUGUCCAUUGGUUGAAAAGGGCUUUUGCAUUGCUUCAGACAUCAUUUUCAUUUGUUGUAAAGGAUGCUCAUUGUAACUAUUUGUCUAUAAUUUGGUGCCAUUGUAAAAGUGAGUGAAGUUUUUUCAAGAUAAUUGUAAACUGCCUCCAUUACAUCUUUUGCACAAUAUUUAUAUAAUGAAGAUAUUUUGGUAUUAAACGGUAUUUUAUAUCAAA